AUUAUACCUGCUCUGUUUUAUGGGAGAAAAACAGAGGAUAGUUAAACAAUGAUGAUGAACAUCCUUCACAGUUUUCUAAAUUUAGUAGCUCCACCCUUCACCUUCGUUUCGCUCUUCCUCCUAUUGCCGCCUUAUCAGGCUUUGAAAUCCUUCCUCUCUAUUGUUUCUGCUCUCUUUAGCGAAAAUGUCGCCUACAAAGUCAUUCUCAUAACUGGAGCUUCCUCCGGCAUCGGCGAGCAUUUGGCAUACGAGUAUGCAAAGAGAGGAGCUUUCUUAGUUCUCGUAGGCAGACGAGAGGAGCCACUCGAAGAAGUCGCGGAUAUAGCUCGCUGUUUUGGCUCUCGAGACGUACUCACCAUUGGAGCAGAUGUUUCCAAUUUGGAAGAUUGCCGUCGGAUCAUCGACGAGACGAUUAAUCACUUUGGGAGAAUCGACCACCUGGUAAACAACGCGGCAAUCACUCAUUUGGUGAUGUUCGAAGACAUAACCGAUAUUGCUGCGUUUAAACAAAUAAUGGAUAUAAAUUACUGGGGAGCCGUGUACAUGACCCAUCUCGCAAUUCCAUAUCUGAGAUUCAGCAGAGGGAAAAUCGUGGCCCUGUCCGCACCUCCGGCGUGGCUGCCGGCGCCGAGAAUGAGCAUUUACAAUUCGAGCAAGGCGGCGAUUAAGAGCAUGUUUGAGACGUUGAGGGUGGAGCUGGGGGCGGACAUUAGCGUCGUAAUCGUGACUCCUGGAUUUGUAGAAUCUGAAUUGACGCAAGGCAAAGCAUUGAACGCCCAAGGCAAAAUGGAACUCCGUCAAGACAUGAGAGAUGCACUGAUAGGGCUGGUGCCGGUGGAGUCGGCGGAGGCGUUCGCGAGGGCGGUGGUGAAGGGGAUAUGCCGGGGAGACAGGUACGUGACGGAGCCGCCGUGGUACGACGCGCUGUAUUACUGGAAGGCGUUUUGCCCGGAGUUGGUGGAGUGGAGCUACCGGAUACUGGCUAUGCCCAGGGCCGGAGCUGCUGAACACGACGCCCUCACCAAGCAGGCUCUGGAUUUCACCGGUGGCAAGCGUCUGCUCUAUCCUCCUUCCAUUUGCUCCACCGACCUCAAGCCCGGUUAUAAGAAUUUUUAAUUUUUAAUUAGAAAUUUUGUAGCUGGAUAUUGCUAAGUGCUACCUCUUAAUUUUGUGUUUGUUGUGUGAAAAUUAUGUGUAUAAAUCUUGUAAUCUUUCCACUCGGUCUCUAAUGUGUCUAUGUCCCUUUUGCGUUCCUUGUACAAUAUAUACCAGAGUCAUGCUCAUGUGUAAUAUACAGUUGUGUUUUCAGGUUCUUGUGAA